AUGUGCCAUCGAAAAAAGACCAAGUGUGAGGUUGAAGGAACUAGUUCAAUUUGCGUGCAAUGUACGCGCCGUAAUACGCAUUGUGUCUUUCCGGUCCAGCAUGAGAAGCGGGAUGAUCAGCAAAGUGAUGAGUAUAUCAAGUCUUUGAAAGACCGCCUCGUCAGGGUUGAGUCGCUGUUGAAGACGGCAGGCAUCUUGCAAGAGAGCGAUAUGAGCCAAGACGACUUGUCCGAUGAAGACGAUGACGACGAACCAGUUAGUCAAGACAUAUCAUCUACUUCCAGUCCAAAGUCAAAUUUCGGAGCGUCUCUUUGCUCGCAGGGUGGGUUCAUUGAGGGCACACCCAUAUUUCCAGCGGACCAAAGAGAUGAUUCCCGAUAUUUCGGGACAUCGUGCUCAUUGUCAAUCCUAUCACGAACAGGUAUAGAGUGGAUUAAGAGUAAAACAGGCGAUGUCAGCUUCUUGCGAAUUAUAUCUCCUGAAUACGUUCAUGAAAAUCCAUGGAAUCAAUGGCGACCAGACGUGUUCCACGAUCUGUUUGCCUCGAAAGUUUUUAAGCCUUUGCCUUCAAGGUCCGAGGUAUUCUCUCUUAUGAAAGAUUUCUUCCGGACGGCCAACAGUCUGCUUCCUAUCUAUCUUGAGUCAUCAUUUAUGAAAAUGGUCGAAUGGCAAUAUACGCAACAGACCUGUGAUGACGCUGCCCGUUGGGCCAACAUCAACAUGGUAAUCUGCCUGGCGUACGAAUAUCGGUACUCGAAUGGUCCCAAGUCAGAAAAAGACAAGGAGAAAUCCGAGUUAUACUUCAAAAACGCCAUGUCGGUCUUCACGGAAUUAGCCUUAAAACGCACAGAUCUACUGAGUGUACAGGCUUUGAUUAGCAUGGCGUUCUUCCUUCGGGGGAAUUCUGGAACUCAAUCAGCUCUGCCACUGAUCACUGCGGCUAUGCGAUCCGGUCACCGAAUGGGGCUUCAUCGAAAUAUUCCAAGACCGGAGCUUAGUCCGGCUGAGCAAGAGGAGAGACGACGCGUCUUUUGGGUUACAUUUGUCAUUGAUCAAAGUACAUGUCUAAGAAUUGGAAACGCCCCAUCACAACAUCAAGAUGAUUUCGAUGUCCCUCUUCCUGAAGAACUGGACAGCGAUAAGCAUGGCGAAACCGCAAACAACAUUCCAUUCUUCCGCGAGCUCUGUCGGAUGUCGCUCAUCAAGAGCCACAUUUACAGUCGAUUGUACUCCGUUACGGCAUUAGAAAAACCUCCCGUUGAGAUCUACAAGACAGUUAAAGAACUAUAUGCAGAGCUUGAGGAAUGGAAGCGCGAAUCCCCAACUCUCACUGAACCCAAGAGGAAGCAUACUGACCGCGACUUCUUGAUUGGCUUUGCCUCUAUUGGUCUCCAUUUCGUCUAUCACAAUGCUGUGAUCAUGAUUCACCGGGUACCUAUCUGUCUUAACUACAUGAUAACAGCAAGAAAGGAAUCGGAGAAGGUCGUGGCGAUCAGCAAAGCACAUGCCUUAAAAUCAGCAGCCAUCGGUGCACAGGCUGCCCGAGAUACCUUGAAGGUUGUCAAUAACAUGCCAUGGGGAGACAUCGCAUGGACCUGGUCAUUACUUUACUACGUCUUUCAGGCAGCAUCAACACUAUUCUCAAACAUCCUGCGGGAUACUCAUCAUUCAAGAGUUCGAGCAGACCUUCAAUCCCUCAACAUGGUCACAGCAUUCUUUGCAACGCUCACCCCAGGUGAAGGUUCAAAUAAUUACGCGGGUUUCAUGGCCCGCAUGAGUGCGACACUCGAACGCAUCGCCAGAGUUGCGAUCGAGAAAGACGAGAAAAGAGCCCGCGCCCCAGACGAAGAAGACCAAGAAUAUAAACCACCAGGAGCCAAGAGACGCACCUCUGGGACACAGCCAGCAUCACACCAAAGGCAACACCGCCGACCCACAACCCUCCGCACAGCAAUGACUCCCGCCACGGUUCCCGGGUACCCAACAUCAAGCACCGCCAACACCAACAGGAUUGACCUCAGUAUCCCCGACACCCUAGAAGGCCUUCCGCCAGUCAAUUCCUCAGGCUACGUCGUCCCCAUGAGCCCAAUACCAGACCCAGGCGACAGCAGCCGAACUCAAUCCCCAUACCUCGCCAACCCACCCAACACAUACUCACCUUCAACGCCACUCCUUCAUGAAGCAGGCGAUAGCACCUUCCACACACCACAAAUCCAACCCUGGCAACUAUCCCAAGACUAUUCCACGACCGCAGCCCAAGCCCCAGGAUCAUCAGGCAUGACCCCGAACCCCAUCAACUACAUCAGCUCCCCAGACUCCUUCACCAGUACCGCCAACUCGAUCCCGGAUUUUUUCCAGUACCCAAUGUCCGGUGACUGGAGCCACGGCGGAAAUCUCUUCGCCGGACUCUUCCCGACAGAAUACACUUUUCCGCCCCCCAUUCCAACGGGCACUCAGUCUGCAGAUCCGUAUCCUUCCAUGCCGAUUCUAUCGGCUGAGUCGUUUAUUCAUGGUGCGCCUGCUAUUGACGGCCAUACAGCUCAGGCUGGUAGGUUCGAUCCUCAGAGUCUGGGGUAUGGCUACGUGCCGCAAGGUCAGGAGGAUCCGAAUCAGGGCGCUGAUCCGGUCUGGCCUAAUGGGUUUUUGGGGUUGUUUUAG